AUGUCUUCGACAUCGAAUCCGCUAUCCAACGAGGACGGAGCAAUCGUGGUGGAGAUGGACAAGUUCGACCGCCAAAGCUCCAUGGAGAAAUCGGCUCAUCCACAUGUCCCGGAGGAACCUGACGCGGCGCGCUUCUCGCUCUCUGGCGCCGGUCACAUCUCCCUCGACGAAGUCGAAGCAGUUGAUGUCCAGAUACGCGAUUUAGCUGUCACUGUCGACACCUCGCCUUCGUGGUGGGACCCUGCAACCUACCCCGAGCUGGCAAAGUCAAAAUUCAACCCUGAACCAAGCUCCAAAAAUCUGAUUUACCACGUUAACGCUUCCCUGCAACCGGGCACACUGACAGCCAUCAUUGGCGGUAGCGGUUCCGGUAAGACAACGCUACUAAAUACGCUAUCGGAACGCAUGAUCAGUGCGCGACUCGCCCAAAGUGGUCAUAUCACCUUCAAUGGCAGUGAGGGCAUUCACAACGCGCGGCACGCAUAUGUCAUGCAGCAGGAUAUUCUCCUGCCCUCGCUGACUGUGCGCGAGACGCUGCAGUACUCUGCCGAUCUGAGGUUACCGCCUCCGACAACUGCCAAAGAGCGAGCACGCAUCGUGGAAGAGGUCAUCCUGGAACUCGGUCUUAAAGAAUGCUCCAACACGAGGAUAGGAGAUAGACAGCACCGUGGAUGCUCUGGAGGCGAGAAGCGGAGAGUCAGCAUCGGAGUUCAAUUGCUAGCCAACCCGUCGGUCCUCUUUCUCGAUGAACCGACAACUGGCUUAGAUGCGACGAGUGCUUUUCAACUGAUGCGCACGCUGAAGAAGCUGGCUACCAAGGGGCGAAACAUUAUCACCACUAUCCAUCAACCUCGGUCGGAAAUCUGGGAUCUCUUCGACAACCUCAUCAUUCUCACCAAGGGGAGUCCGGUAUUCUCGGGCCCCGCAAAGAACUGCGUACCAUUCUUCGAGGGUCUAGGUUUCAAGCUGCCCCCUUUUGUGAACCCUGCCGAAUAUGUCAUCGACAUCGCUGCCAUAGACAAUCGCACGCCAGAACUGGAGCAGGAGACAACGGAACGGGUCAGUCAGUUGAAGCAAGCAUGGAUUCACGAGAGUAAAACGAUUUUUGCUCCAACAGACAAGGCGAUUGAGAGCACAUCAAGGGGGAAAAGUCCAACCUCAAAGACCAGCAAGCACGCAUCUUACACCAGACAACUACGAGUCCUGACCAAUAGAACAUUCAAAGUCACGUAUCGUGACCCAAUGGGAAUGCUGGCAUCAACGACGGAAGCGAUCCUCAUGGCCCUCGUAACGGGUUACAUCUUCUACAACCUACCCAGAGACCUCUCGGGUAUCCGCUCCCGCCAAGGCGCGCUCUACACUGCUGCAGGCCUUCAGGGAUACCUGACUCUCAUGUUCGAGGUCUACCGACUCACCGUCGACAUCCCAACCUACGAUCGCGAGCAUAGCGAAUCGUGCGUUGAUGCGAUCCCGUUCCUCUUCUCUCGCCGCUUGGCGCGGCUCUUCACUGAAGAUCUGCCCGUGCCGUUCCUAUUCUCCAUCAUCUUCUACUUCAUGGGCGGCUUUGAGCGAGAUGCCAGCCAGUUCUUCAUCUUCUUCGCCAUCACGGUGCUGAAUCACUAUAUCGCUGUGACUUGCGCAAUCACAUGCGUCACGGCGUCGAGAAACUUUCCCGGUGCGAGUCUGAUUGCCAAUAUGGUGUUUACCCUGCAAAGCAUGGCUUGCGGCAUGUUCAUCCAAGCGAACUCGAUUCCGGUGUACGUGCGGUGGCUUAAAUGGAUCACAUAUUCGUUCUAUUCCUUUGGCGCCUAUUGUGGCAACGAGUUCGAGGGUUCAUUUUACGAUUGCCCAUUGGAGGGCGGGGCCUCGAACCCAGAAUGCGUGCAGUACACGGGCCGAUUCAUCAUGGAGUCUCUCGGGUUUCCGCGGAAUUGGAUAUGGAGGCCCAUUGUCGUGCUCGUUGCAUUCGUCGUCUUGUUCUGCAUCUUAUCCGCCAUCGGACUACAGUAUAUCAAGCAAGAGAUGACCAUUGCUCGUGCUAGAGUGUCAGACACUGAUCUAUCAGCCGGCAAGGAAAAGAUGAAGACCCACUCCAUCUCCGAAGUCCGCACCAUCGACGUAGGACUGGAGGACUUUGCUCUGGCCUUGGACAAAAGAGUAGCUUCGGGCAAAAAGCUCCCAACCAAGACAAUUCUUAAUCCUGUGAGUACGACGUUCGAGGCAGGGAAGCUGAACGUCAUCAUGGGCCCUUCGGGAAGUGGCAAGACAUCUCUUCUCAAUGCCAUGUCUUUGCGACUUCCCAGCAGCCUUAGCACACGCUAUAGGCUGUCGGGAAAGCUCACCUUCAACAACGCACUACCGUCUAACUCGGUCAUCCGCUCGGUGUGUUCAUACGUAUGCCAGGACGACGACGCCCUCCUGCCGUCUCUCACGGUACGAGAGACGCUCCGGUUCUCUGCCGGGCUACGCCUACCAGCCCACAUGAGCAGCGACGAGAAAUCCAAGCGCGCAGAGGAGGUGUUGCUGAAGAUGGGUCUUAAGGACUGCGCAGAUAACCUCGUGGGCAAUGAGCUGGUCAAGGGCAUUUCGGGAGGUGAAAAACGACGGGUUACCAUUGCUGUACAGCUUCUCAGCGACCCACUCGUGCUACUACUGGAUGAGCCGACGAGUGGGCUGGACGCCUUCACGGCCAGCUCCAUAAUGGAGGUCCUGCAAGGUCUCGCUAACGAGGGCCGGACGCUGAUUCUGACGAUUCACCAGGCGCGGUCUGACUUGUUCAAGCACUUUGGAAACGUCUUGCUACUUGCCCGUGGAGGGUCGCCUGCGUAUGCCGGAUCGGCGACGGAGAUGCUGCCCUAUUUUGAGCGUCAGGGAUUCACCUGUCCUGCUCACACCAACCCGGCUGACUUUGCGCUGGACCUCGUCACGAUCAAUCUCCAACAAGAGACAAGAGAGGCCGAGAGCAGGGAAAAAGUCGAGGCUCUGAUCGGCGCAUGGCAGAGACAUGCAAGGAUGCCUGUAGUCAAGACGACGGGAGAGCUGCCCAGCAUCAACGAGGGCCAUGAACAUGAAGCAAUCACGCGCACCUCAACUGGGCCGGCCAAUGGUGGACACUCUCGAAAAGCCUUGGCCUUCAACAAGGCAAAUCUCGCGACUCCAGCCGAGCUAGGCGCUCUCGUCCGCAAACGUGCCUCCUUCCUCGUGGCCUUUCCCCUCCUCGUCCACCGCGGCCUCAUCAACUUCCGCCGCCAACCGCCGCUGCUCCUCGCCCGCAUCAUGCAGGUUGUGGGCCUGGGCAUCGUCCUCGCGCUCUUCUUCUCGCCGCUCAAGAACGACUACUACUCCGUGCAAAACCGCAUGGGCUUCGUGCAGGAGAUUGGCGCCUUUUACUUUGUGGGUAUGCUACAAAACGUCGCCGUCUACCCUGCCGAGCGCGACGUGUUUUACCGCGAGGACGACGACGGGGUGUACAGCGUCGAGGCGUUUUUGGCGGCGUACUCUGUGCUCGAGUUCCCCUUUGAGAUUAUCAGCUGCCUCAUCUUUGGCGUGCUUGCGGAUUUGGCGGUGGGGUUCCCGCGGACGGUGACGAUGUACUUCGUGUGCGUGUUUUCGUGCUUUGGCGUCGUCUCGUGCGGCGAAUCGGUGGGCAUCAUGUUCAAUACGCUCUUCAACCACACGGGAUUCGCCGUGAACCUUACGUCGGUGAUCUUAUCUGUUGCCAACACGAUGGCAGGUGUUCUAUCCAUCGAUAUGCCCGAGCUGUUCAAGAUCUUCAACUACCUCUCGCCCAUCAGAUACGGAACCCGGGCCCUGGCGCCAUACAGCUUAACGUCUGUCACGUUCACGUGCGAGGAUGGGCAGAGGCUACCGGAUGGACGGUGUCCGGUGGAGACGGGCGAGGAUGUGCUCGAAUUGUACAAGUUCAACGUGGAUCCGAAUGUCAAUAUUGCGGCAUUGGCUGGGUGUGUGAUUGUGUAUCGGCUGGUUGCGUGGGCUCUUUUGAGAGCUGCGCGGACGCGAAUGGAGGGGCUGAAGAAGGGCAAAUGA